UAAAUAUAUUCUUUUAAGCAUAUAUAUAUAUAUGUGUGUGUGUGUAUUUGACAAGUAAGAAAAAAGCCAAAGUGAAGAAAGUAUUAUUCAUGAAAAAAGUAAAAAUAAUAGACCAAUUUAAUAAGGAGUGAAUAUAUGGAUCACGAAAUUUACAUCAUUUUAAAUAGGACAUAUAAGGGGAAAAAAGAAAAAGCCCUAAUUUAGACAAAUUAGGAUAGUUAAUCUCACCUCUUAGGUGAGAAACAUAAUCCCAUAGCUUAAGAUUGUAAUAUCGGCUCUAAUAAUGAACAUACUUACUAAUACUUACAUCAAUGCAUUAAUUUGUCAUCACAUCACUCAUCCCUGAAACCCUAAACCCCAUUCCCCAAGUUUCCAAAACCCUACUACACUGGUGUAAAUUCGAUUCGAUUAAUGCCUCACCCCCACUCGCAUUCUAUUGCCAUUAUCAAUUGUAACAAUGCUGGCAGCGUUAAACACAUCAAAUUCACUAUUACAUUCAAGCAUCAAAACUCUGCUUGUUUUUAGAAAAGUCUUCUCUUGCACCAUCGCCACAACUGCUGUUCCUGGUGUGAAGGCGCCACAUUAUUCGGCGUCCAGGAGUAGAAAUUUGUUCUCCAGAAUUAGCCCCGUUAGACAGGAUCGGGGCAUUGUCCAGGUGCUCGAUCAGUGGGUCGCUGAAGGCAGAGAGGUUCACCCCCUCGAGUUUCAAUGGAUUAUUCGAGAGCUUCGGAGCCGCAGGCGUUUUUCUCACGCGCUUCAGAUUUCCAAGUGGAUUAAUUAUAACCGCAUUUAUAAAUUGUCACCAGCUGAUCAUGCUGUGCAUUUGGAUCUUAUUGGUGUUGUCCAUGGACUGGAAGCUGCAGAGAGCUUCUUUGAUAUUCUAAGUGACCAAGACAAAAAUCAAAAGACAUAUGGUGCUCUCUUGAACUGUUAUGCAAGAGAAGGCCUCCUGGAGAAAACCCUUCACCAUAUGCAGAGGAUGAAAGACAAGGGAUAUGUUUAUUCAUCUCUUGCUUACAACAAUCUUAUGGCACUCUACAAGAAGGCUGGUCAACUUGAGAAAAUCCCUGAGAUUCUCUCAGAAAUGAAGAGGGAUGGGGUUGCCCCUAAUAACUUCAGUUACAGAAUAUGCAUAAACUCACUUGGGGAGAGAUCUGAUCUUAGUGGCAUGGAGAAGCUUCUUGAUGAAAUUGAGGCGCAACAGGACAUUUCCAUUGAUUGGGUUACUUAUUCCAUAGUGGCCUAUCAUUUCGUAAAAGCAAACGAGAAGGAGAAAGUGCUAACAUACAUGAAGAAGUUAGAAGAGAAGGUUGGUAAAGAUGCUUUGGGUUACAAUCACUUGAUAUCGCUUUAUGCUCAUCUGGGGGACAAGGAUGAGAUGAUGAGAGUUUGGGGUUUGCAAAAAAUCGUGUCUAAAAAGCAAAUCAACCGAGACUAUAUCACCCUGCUGGGAUCUCUGGUGAAGCUUGGAGAGCUUGAAAAAGCUGAGGCAGUGCUAAAGGAGUGGGAUUCUUCUUGCUGCACAUAUGACUUCAAAGUCCCAAAUAUACUUCUUAUUGGCUACUGUCAAAAGGGUCUAGUUCAGAAGUCUGAAACAAUGCUCCGAAAUAUUGUGGAAAGGGGGAAGAAACCAACUCCUAACAGUUGGGCCAUCAUUGCUGCAGGGUAUCUGGAUCAAAAUGAUUUGGAGAAGGCAUUUCAGUGCAUGAAGGAAGCCCUGGCUGUUAAAGAAAAUAACAAGAAAUGGAUGCCAAAGCCUGGUCAAAUUACAAAAAUAUUACAGUGGCUUGGUGAUAAAGGAAGGAUUGAAGAGGUAGAAGAUUUUGUCUGCUCUCUCGGGACAGUAAUCCCAGUAAACAAACAUGUGUACCAGGCAUUGAUUAAAGCCAGUAUAAGAGUGGGUAGAGAUACAGGUUGGAUAAUGGAUAGCAUGAAAACUGAUGAAAUAGAUGAUGAAACACAGAAGAUGCUAAACUCAAGAUCAUGGACUGAUUAAUUCUGAAUUGAUUUAGUUUCAUGACUUAAUGCAUGUGUGCGAGCUUCUGUUGCUUGCAAAAUAACCCUCAAUAGCAAUAGGUAGUUCAUGUCGUUUAGUUUUCAUUGUUUAGACAUGCACCCUGCGUAUAUAAAAUAUUUUCAUGAAUAUGCAAAGGGCUUGCAUGUGUAAACUGAAUUACAAGAUGUAAUAUUGGAGCUAUAAUUUCUGUAGAUUCCUGUAUAUAUAUACAGUGUGUAAGAAGACUUUAUUAUGUAUUUGUUGUUAUUUCGUA